AUGCAAAAGUUCCCUACCAAGAUCAUGUUCUUCGACAUACCGACGCAGGUUGGGAUCCCGACCUCUCCAAAUACAUGGAAGCUCCGGUUCGUACUCAACUUCAAACGACUCGCCUACACCACCCGGUGGACGCCCACGUCCCUCGCGACACAGACAUGCAUCGAGAACGGUAUCCCAGCAUCCGGAACGAAGUCUGACGGCGGUCCCCAUUACACUCUUCCAGCUCUGAUCGACUAUACACCACAGCUUCACGAAGCUUCUACUGAGCCCGUGCGUCUCACAGACUCGACUCACAUCAUUGAGUACCUCGAGAAAGCAUACCCGGAGGCAUCUUUUCCUGCUCCGGGAGCAGGAGACGACUACCCCCACUCGCGCGAGCUAUUCCCUGCGCGAUCACGCGCUUUGCACGCCCUCGUCGAACACCACGUGCAAAACGUGCUCAAGCCUCCACUCUACGAUCUUUUCACCCUCGCGCUAUACGAUACGAAACUUCCGAUCGAUCAGGUCGACUAUGCGAUCCGCAAGCCGAAGUCUCGAGGCCUGGAGCGGCUGGAGGAUCUGCAGGUGCACGGAGAAGCCGAGCGGGAGAAGGUGUGGGCCAAACUCCGCGCAGCAUUCAAGGUGCUUGCACAGGCAGCAGAAGCAGGCGAGAAAUUUUAUGAGACUGAAAAGAGGGACGAGGUGGAAAGAUCUGCGAAUGGUAUCCCCGUGUUCCAGCCGCCGGGAGUGACCUACGCAGAUUUUGCAGUGACCGCAGUGCUUAUGAUGAUUCGGAACAUCAGUCGGGAUGAGGCGUGGAAACAGGUCAAAGUGUGGGAUGGAGGACGAUGGGAGCGACUCCUGACAGAAAUGGAGCGUAGGUGGGGAACGAUCGAUGAAAAAAUGAUAACGUAG